AGAAAAAUAAAAUAUAAAAUAAAAAUAAAAGAAUAAUAAUAAUAAUAAAAAGAGGUGGGUAAGGGUAACGGAAGAAUCGAGAGUCAGGAGGAAGAAAGAAGACGAUGAUGGCCGGUCAAUUAACCGCCUCCGCCGCAACAACCACCUACGCUUCUCUUCUCCGCCUUCCUUCUCUCCCGAAUAAAGAUUUGAUUCAACAAAGACGCGUUUCAUUUAACGGGAAGAGAAAGAAUCUUGCCAUCGCAGCUCUAGCAGGCAGUUCUCUGGGAAAAUCAGCUACGCGACUCACAGCUGUUUCAUCUCCAUUGUUUACUGAUAACCAUGGUCACCUCUCACUCGGUGCUCCAAUCUCCCGAAGAAGCAGUUCUAGUACUCGUCCAGAAGCAUAUAUAUACCAUUGGUCUGGUUUUCGAAUCCCUGCAAAUUCUGAGAAGCCAGAAUGGUGGUGGAGAACUUUAUCAUGUAUACCCUAUCUAAUAGCAAUGCAGAUGUCUGCCGCUGGGUAUUAUCUAGAACCUUUGCUUGAUAAAUACAAAUUAUUUGAAAAUGUGAUCUUCUACAUCCCAGGAGCUGUCAACCGAUUGCCGACCUGGUUCCCUAUAUUAUACUGCUAUUUGGCUAUCAUGGUGGUGGUAAAAAAUAGGGACUUCCCCAUUAUCUUCAGAUUCCAUGUAAUGAUGGGAAUGCUACUGGAAAUUGCUCUGCAGAUUGUAUGGGUUGCAAGCAAUUUCAUGCCACUGAUACACUUCAAGGGAACACUUGGGAUGUAUUACUGGGCUGGUGUGGCGUUGGCAUAUAUUGUCAUAAUCAUGCAUUCCAUCAGGUGUGCUCUUCUUGGUACAUUUUCGAACAUCCCUGUUAUUAGCGAAUCAGCUUUCCUUCAUUCCCUACUUAAUAUAGGAGGGUUCCAGCGGCCGUUUUAGGAAGUAGUCAAGGGCUUAUUUGUAAACUAUACGUGGUUUUGCAGUGAAAGGAAGGAUUGAUGUUAUUGUCUGUAGUUGUAAACUACAUGUGGUUUUGCAGUGAAAGGAAGGGUUGAUGUUAUUGUUUGUAGACUGUAGUUGACAUUUUAUUUUAUUAUAUAAAGAUAUAAGUUAUUGAAAUUCUGAUACGGAUUCUAAUAA